AUGCUGGGCACGGUGAAGAUGGAAGGGCACGAGGCUCCGGACUGGAGCGGAUACUACAGCGAGGAGGUCUACUCUCCAAUGACAGGCGGUGGGAUGGGUUCUGGUCUUGCGAUGGGCUCCAUGUCUGGCUACAUGUCCAGCAGUGGGACCACAUCGGGUUCCUUCAACAUGUCGUACAGUGGAACCGGUCUGAGUCCCGCACCCGUAGGAGGGAUGGGCGGUUCGGCUCCAGCAGCCAUGUCGGGUCUGGGUGGGGGUGUGGCCUCAAUGGGCGGGGCCCUGAGCCCGUCCAGUAUGAGCUCGGUGUCAGCCCAGCAGGCAUCGAUGGGCCUGAACCCAUAUGGGGGCAUGAGUCCCACCAUGAGCCCAGGCAUGGCGUACAGCGGCGGCGGACUGAACCGAGCCCGCGACAACAAGGCGUUCAGACGGAGCUACCCGCAUGCCAAACCCCCCUACUCCUACAUCUCGCUCAUCACCAUGGCAAUCCAGCAGGCGCCCAGUAAGAUGCUGACUCUGAGCGAGAUCUACCAAUGGAUCAUGGACCUGUUCCCGUACUACCGGCAGAACCAGCAGCGCUGGCAGAACUCCAUCCGGCACUCGCUGUCCUUCAACGACUGCUUCGUCAAGGUGUCGCGCUCACCAGACAAACCGGGGAAGGGCUCCUACUGGACCCUGCACCCGGAUUCUGGGAACAUGUUUGAGAACGGCUGCUACCUGCGCCGCCAGAAGAGGUUCAAGUGUGAGAAGAAGAUGUCGUCGAAAUCAGACGGGAGGAAGGAGCAAGGGGGCGCGGGGGGAGGUGGUGGGGGAGGAGGAGUGUCUCCUACAGGGGACUCCAUCAAACCUCCAGGACUCCUGGACUCUUCAAUGCCCUCCUCCAGCCAGGCAGCCUCGCCUCCCGGUCUGGACCUGCGGGGCAGCGUCGUCGGGGCAUCAGACCUGAAGGUGUCUGGCUCCCAGCUCCUGUCCUCCCUGUCGUUGCCCCCCCACUCCAUGGCGCAUGAAUCCCAGCUGCACAUCAAAGGAGACCCCCACUACUCCUUCGACCACCCGUUCUCCAUCAACAACUUAAUGUCGUCCUCAGAGCAGCAGCACAAACUGGACCUGAAGGCCUACGAGGCACUGCAGUACUCCUCCUACAGCACCGGGGGAGCUUCCAGCCUUGGAGGGAGGACCAUGGAGCCUCUGGAGGCCUCCUACUACCAGGGGGUCUAUCCCAGACCGCUCCUCAACACCUCGUAG